UUUCUAAUUCAGCUAUAUCAUGUAUUUGUCCAACAGAUAAAUAUAUCAACCUACAGAAACUAACCUGAAUGUAAUCAGAACUAGAACGAAAGACUGGUUAUUUGAAAUCUCAGCAUUAUGAAGCAAUAGUUGCCUUUUUGGCAAAAACAUCUACCUCAAGUUGAUACGAGCAAGGAAGGCUCUUUAUUAAGAGACAAAUCAAAUUUUUAUACAACAAACUAUCAAAUUGAUAUAUCAGUGACUCAGUGACAUAUACAAAAGGAAUUAAGGCUAGCCAUUUUGGUUAGUUUUCUUAAAUUGUGAGAGCUUCUCUCACUUCUCAGAAUGGGCAUAUCACCGAGCAGCCAUGAGACUCUUAUGAGCUCAAACAAGUGUGUCUGCUGUAACAGGUCUUACUGGAUAUUGUUCGAGCGGGAACAUUUCUCCCACGGUGCGUGUCGCUGGGCCUUCCGUGGAACAUAUAAUGGCGAUGGAAAACAUGGGGGUAGCAAAUGUGUCGCCAAAGUUUUCAAAGCCAAAGUAGCCAGACACUACAACAACUGGGUUCCAGAUCUUGCGGCAUCUGAGCAGGCACAGAGAAUGGCAAAAAGUUUCAACAAAGAGCACCCGACUAGUCGACCGAUUCAGUUCAUAACCCCACUCAUAUGCAAAAUGGACAAAAUUGGAGACCACGGAGGGUUUUUGUGGAUUCGAGACGAAGACGAAAGAUAUGUGAAAAAACAGGAGUGGGUUGCCGUAGAGCCUUUCAUCGAUGGCGAGUACAAAAAGUUCAACUCAAACAGCGGAGCAGUCUUGGAGUGGUCCGAAGCACUUGCCGCGUUUUCUCACUACACUUAUAACGCAUCGGACCGAGAGCUAAUUGUUUGCGAUUUGCAAGGGGUUCGAGCCCGAAACUACUACUCUCUGACUGACCCGGCGAUUUGCUCACGUGAUCAAAUCUACGGACCUACAGAUAUGGGAGCAACUGGUAUUUCACAGUUCUUCGAGAAGCAUAGAUGUACGCAGAUAUGCAAAUAUUUUGCGAAACCAGAAAUCGACAACAGCUACAUCGUGAAAGGCUUGCAACCUAAAAGGAGUUCAAGUUAUACCUUUGAACUCACAAGAGUCCAGAGCACAGCAAACCGAGAUUUCAAAAAUCGAAAGACCCUGCCCGCAAUUUCCGAAUUUUGACCGCGCUAAUAAAAACUUGCGAUAAUACAAGCUGAACUUCGAAAUAAAACUAUGAGCUGUGGUUAUAUUGAUUUCACGGAUUUUAUUUUGCUAUCUGACAACAUAUUCAACAAAGUUUGUAUUA